AAUUGAAUAGAUUUGUUUCAUACUUAUUUUAUCAUGUUCUUCAUUUUUUUUAUUUGAUAUAAUAUUAAGUGCAUUUAAUUUAUAAUUCGAGAAAGGUCGGUUUGCCGACUUGCUUAAAACCCCCCACCAUCGUUGUUUGUUGUCACUUCUGAGAAAUUUUUUAGGAAGAGAGGCGCAACGAAACGAGACGAAACCAUAGGAAGUGAAAACCGUGUGUUUAUCUCAUCCUUUCCUUCUCAAAAUCCCUUAAUUUGUUCUUCGAUAUCAUUGUUUUUUCUUCUUUCUGUGAAUCCCCCUUUCCCUUCACUAGCUUUUUUUACCAGCAAGAUUUCUGCAUUUGAUUCCAAAGAAAUAGAUAGUCAAGGAGUGAAUAAUCAUGUCUUACCAACAGCAAAAUAUGGAUGAAUUUGAUUACAUGGCGGGUGGGCAUGAAAUGGCUGAUGAAAUUGAUGAUGGGGGUGAUGGAGAAUUGGGUGACGAAGAAUUCGACAUGCUUACAAAGUCGAUAGAUACGUCGUCUGCCCUUGCGAGGAAGGGAUUGGACAUUCAAGGUAUUCCAUGGGAUCGACUGAACAUUACUCGUGAAAAGUAUCGAUUAACAAGGCUUGAACAGUAUAAAAAUUAUGAAAAUAUUCCUUCAUCUGGAGCUGCUGUUGAUAAGGAAUGCAAAGCUGUAGAGAAAGGAGGGAACUACUAUGAGUUCUUUCAUAAUACAAGAUUGGUUAAGCCGACUAUCUUGCACUUUCAGCUAAGGAACUUGGUCUGGGCAACUUCAAAACACGAUGUCUAUUUGAUGUCGAACUAUUCUGUCAUGCAUUGGUCAUCUUUAUCUGGCAACUUAUCUGAAAUCCUCAAUUUUUCAGGACAUGUCGCUCCUACAGAGAAACAUGCUGGAAGUCUAUUAGAGGGUUUUACACAAACUCAGAUUAGCACGCUUGCCGUCAAGGAUAAUUUUCUGGUUGCGGGUGGAUUCCAAGGAGAGCUUACUUGUAAGCAUUUGGAUAAACAAGGAGUAAGCUUCUGUACUCGUACUACACAUGACGAUAACGCCAUUACAAAUGCUGUUGAAAUAUAUGAAAGCAUGAGCGGUGAAUUACAUUUCAUGGCAGCAAAUAAUGAUUGCAGCAUGAGAGAGUAUGAGAUGGAGAGGUUUCAGCUUUUGAAUCACUUCCAUUUUCCUUGGCCAGUAAAUCACACGUCGGUGAGCCCAGACCGCAGGCUUAUGGUUGUCGUUGGGGAUCACACGGAUGGAUUGAUUGUCGAUUCCCGAAACGGAACGGCUAUAGGCACAGUUGUUGGUCAUCGAGAUUACUCCUUUGCUUCCGCUUGGCACCCCGAUGGUCGCAUGUUUGCUACAGGAAAUCAAGACAAGACAUGCCGAGUAUGGGACAUAAGGAAGUUCUCAUCACCCGUUGCAGUUCUAAAGGGACACAUCGGUGCUGCUCGCUCAAUUCGUUACUCAUCAGACGGUCAAUUCAUGGUAGUUGCGGAACCAGCAGACUUCGUACAUGUGUAUAGCACGAGUGCAGAUUACAAAAAGAGACAAGAAAUUGAUUUCUUCGGAGAGAUAUCGGGGGUGUCGUUGAGCCCAGACGAUGAGUCGUUGUUCAUAGGAAUAUGGGAUAGGACGUAUGCGAGCUUACUACAAUACAACAGGAGGCAUAGCUAUGGAUAUAUUGAUUCAUUCUUGUAGUGAGGAAAGGGUUUUGAAUGUUUUUAGGGGGAGAUAUCAAAAAGAUGUCCACAGCAGAAGACAUGAUUGAAGCAGUAAGUGAUUGUUGGUUGGUUGGAAGUGUGUGGGUUUUGUUUUUUGAAGGUGUACAGAGAGAUGUAGUGUUCUUGGUCUUGUUCUUGUUCUUGUUCUUUUUGUAUGUGUUGUUCAUGUUUUACUUGGAAAUGAAAGUGAAGCAAGUGGACAUGUCUCAUUACCUCAAAC